CUCCCUUUCCAUCUUCUGCUGGCUUUCCCCGUCGUCUCCGGCGAUGGCUCGCAAGAAGGUGCCCCUCCGGUACAUCGGCAACGACUCAGCCCGUCGACGCCGUACCUACCAGACGCGCCGCAAGAACCUGAUGAAGAAGGCGGGCGAGCUGCGCAUCCUGUGCAACACCAAGGCCUGCGUGCUGGUGUACGAUCAGGGCGCGUCGGUGCCGGAUGUCGUUUACCCGUCCCAUGCCGAGGCGGCGGCUAUCCUGAACCGCUACAAGGCCACGCCCAACAUGGUGCAGUUCAAGAAGACGGUGAGCCACGAGGAGUUCCUCACCAAGUGCGUCGCUAAGUUCCAAUAUAAGGCCGACAAGCUCCGGCGCGAGCGUGAGGACCGCGACAUCAGGGCCCUGCUGCACAAGGCCAUGCUCGGUGGCGACCUCAGCGCUGAGGAGGUCGCCAGGGUUGGCUCUAAGUCGGGGGAGAUCCACAAGAGCCUCCGCGAGCGCAUCGCUAAAACCACCCGGCAGCCGCCGGUCUUCCAGCCCCAAGGGCCAAACGUCACCGGCGGCGCCCACAUGGGGCCGCCGCCGGUGUAUCAGGCGCCACCACAGCAACAGGCGGGCUGGCAGCCACCGAUCUUCCAGCCCCAGGCGCCAUACAUCACUGACAGCGUCCACAUGGGCACUCCGCCGGUGUAUCAGGCGCCACCACAGCAACAGGCGGGCUGGCAGCCACCGAUCUUCCAGCCCCAGGCGCCAUACAUCACUGACAGCGUCCACAUGGGCACUCCGCCGAUGUAUCAGGCGCCGCCGCCGCAGCAGGGCUGGCAGCCACCGGUCUUCCAGCCCCAGGCGCCAAACGUCACCGGCAGCGUCGACAUGGGGCCUCCGCCGAUGUAUCAGGCGCCGCCGCCGCAGCAGGGCUGGCAGCCACCGGUCUUCCAGCCCCAGGCGCCAAACGUCACCGGCAGCGUCGACAUGGGGCCUCCGCCGCUGUAUCAGAUGCCGCCGCAGCAGGAGGGCUGGCAGCCGCAGUUCUUCCAGCCUCAGGCGCCAAAUGUCGCCGACGGCGUCGACAUGGGGCCUCCGCAGAUGUAUCAGGCGCCGCCGCAGCAGCAGGAGGGCUGGCAGCCACCGGCCAUCCAGCCCCAGGUGCCAAACGUCACCGGCAACGUCGACAUGGGGCCUCCGAAGAUUUAUCAGGCGCCGCCGCAGCAACAGGAGGGCUGGCAGCCACCGGUCUUCCAGCCCCAGGCGCCAAAUGUCACCGGCAGCGUCGACAUGGUGCCUCUGCAGAUGUAUCACGCGCCGCACCAGCAACAGGAGGGCUGGCAUGACACGGUGAGGUCCGAGGGGGACCACAACGCCCUGGACUAUAAUGGCUACAGUACUGGUGGCCACGACGGCGGCGGCACCAACUCGAGCGCCAGCCUCCCCAUUGAUGAUAUGAUGCAGUUCUUGGAUGACAUGGAGUCCGGGUUGCAGUGAGGCGCCGAUCCUGGAGCAUUUCUUGGAGUCCUUUUGCUCCCAUGUCAGGAGAGAAUCCUCGUGCAUAGUGCAUGGUCAUGUAUGAUGUAUCUCGUCUCAUUUUAUUUAGUUUUGGCAUGGUUAAGAUGCAUGAAUGGCAUCGUUAAUGAGGGACACUCGGUCUCGGUCAUGCUGUUUGAGCCAAGGCAUUUUCAUUCUACUC